ACGGGAGUCCUCUCUGCGGCUGGAACCUCAUCAUCACAUCAGUCACAUCCGAGAUGCCUCGCUCCUUCUUGGUGAAGAGUAAGAGGGCGCACAGUUACCACCAGCCCCGCUCCUUAGAGGACGACUACAGCAGGCUGGACUCCAUCCUGGCGCAUAUAUGCUCAGAGGCGGAUAAACUCCCCGGUGACACCGACAUGACGGUGGACAGUUACGGGCUCUCUCCGGACUCCCCCCUGGCCGACGCCGCCGACUUCUGCCCCAAGUCCCCGCUGAGCUGCUCCGGCAGUCUGUGCGGUCCCUCCCCGGACUACGAAGACUUCUGGAGGCCCCCGUCUCCCUCUGCAUCGCCAGUGGACUCGGACAAAUCUCUCUCCCCCCUUGUGGACGAGACCCAGCCCUUCACCGUGCCUUUCCGGCCGUACGCCUGGAGCAGCUACCAGGGGCCCGGGCUGAGGCCCUUGAUGCAGCAGAAUCCCCACCACCGACCCGGCCUGGAGUUGGACAGGGGCGCGGCGGCGAUUGCCUUCUACGGGGAUCCGGGUGCGCACUCGGGGCUGUACUCGGAGCGGGUCCUGGGUGAGGAGUCGUACGGUGAAUACAGGAGACACGCCGCCGCCGCUGCCGCAGCCGCCGCGCUGCUGUUUCCUGACGGAGGCUUACACGGAAAAGCGCACGGUGCCAAGCCCCCGUCUGAGCUGCUGUGUCCCAGCCUCAUCCUGAACGGUGCCUACAAGUGCGUCAAGUGCAGUAAGGUGUUUUCCACUCCGCACGGUCUAGAAGUCCACGUCCGGAGGUCGCACAGCGGCACCAGACCGUUUGCGUGCGAACUGUGCGGCAAAACCUUCGGGCACGCAGUGAGCCUGGAGCAGCACAAAGCCGUGCAUUCUCAGGAGAGAAGCUUCGACUGUAAAAUCUGCGGCAAGAGCUUUAAGAGGUCGUCCACUCUGUCCACGCACCUGCUCAUCCACACCGACACGCGGCCGUACCCGUGUCAGUACUGCGGCAAGAGGUUCCACCAGAAGUCCGACAUGAAGAAGCACACGUUCAUCCACACAGGCGAGAAGCCGCACAAAUGUCAGGUGUGUGGGAAAGCGUUCAGCCAGAGCUCCAACCUCAUUACGCACAGCAGGAAACACACGGGCUACAAACCGUUCGGCUGCGACCUGUGCGGCAAAGGUUUCCAGAGGAAGGUGGACCUGAGGAGACACAAGGAGACGCAGCACGGACUGAAGUGAAGGAGACACUUUGUCCUGUCAUGGUCUGACAACACACAGAAAGACAUUUUACGCAGAGAGACAUUUUACGCAAAGACAUUUAAAUCCCAAAUGGCUCUGUUUGAGGACAUUGCUUGGAUUAAGGAUCACCAUGAUCCUUUAUUAAAAUCCUUAAAUGUGAAAAUUACAAUGAGAAUAUAUUUAAUUUUUUUUUCUAUUUAUUAUAUCAAAGAAAACAUCAAAUAAACAAACAGGGGUUUUUAGUGUGAAGACAUAAGCAACACUAAACUUCAGGCUGCUGCCAGGCCCAGAGAAAAGCUGUGACUGUCACACGAUGAAUAAAAACCCAUAAUGUAUGAUGUGUUUGAUAUUGGAAUCACAUUAAGUCUCCACACCUUAAUGAAGACACCAAGAAGAGGAGAGGUGAAAUCUGCGCUUCUCCAAAGCACAGAGGGAUUUUUUUCUCUCGCUUGGGACAAAUGCGGGCAAAACAGCCUCCUCACACUGUGGGAUUUUAUA